ACGCCGCCUCCGCCGCUCUCCUCCACCGCACGGCUCCGCGUGCUGCGCGACGCCGCGAGCGCGCUGCAUUACUUGCACACGCUCUCGCCGAUGAUCCUGCACCGCGACGUCUCGGCGGGCAACAUCCUGCUCGACGAGCGCGGCAACGGCUACCUCGCCGACGUGGGCCUCGCGCGCGCGGCAGAGGCGACGGCCGGCGGCAGCCAACAGGUGUCGCACCUGUCGACGCAGCGUAUCUUCGGUAAGCCUGGCUACAUGGACCCGAUCAUCUCGCUGGAUGGCCAGGCUUCUCAGUUGACUGACGGUUUCGCGCUCGGCAUCACGCUGCUCGUCAGCCUGACCGGCCGCGGCGCUCUUGGCUUGCUCAACGCGUGCGACGAUGCGCUGGAGGAGCCCGACACGGCGGAGAGCAUCGCGGCGGCCGACGCGGGCUGGUCGGCGGCGCAGGCCGAGGAGCUGACGCGGCUGGUGGUUGGGCUGGCUCUCGUGAGGAAGAAGAAGCGGAUGCCGCUCGCAGAGGCGCUGCCGCGGCUGGAGGCGCUAGUCGAAGCGGCGGGGGAGGUGGAGGAGACGGCUGGGGCCGAGGAGCGCCUGUGUGACCUCUGCUACGACGCGCCGCGUUCGGUCCGCUUCGCGUGCGGCCACGCGCUGUAUUGCGAGACAUGUGCGUCGCGCGUGCUGGAGCGCGACACCAACUGCCCGGCCUGCCGCCAGCCGGCGCUGCCCAUCGCCGCAACUGGGCGGCUGGUGGCGGAGCAGGCGACGUUUGUCCACCAGCCGCCCACUCGCACCGUGCCCCAGGCUCAGCCCGUGGGCGCCACGGCGGCGGUCGGUGGGCGGGGAGGGCGCGGUGGGCGCGGCGGGCGCGGCGGGCGCGGUGGGAGGGGUGGGCGGGGUGGGCGUGGGAGGCCACGGGACGAGGGGCGUGGCGCUGGUGGCUCGUAGCUGGUUUACAGUACGUCAACCGCAGGGUGUGUGCGGUGCGUGGGGAGCUGGAGGCUGAGUACACGGAAAAUCGCCCUCACAGCUCACUGCACACUGGACCUGCUGCGUGCUGGGGAGAUAGCUCUCACGUCUCAGACUCAGUCACCUGUCGUGCGCUAGAGCUAGUGUGGUAAAGUGCGAGAGCGACACUUGCUU